CUGAGCCGGUGCGGCCGCCCGGGCACGGGUGCGAGGGCGGCGGUGGCUGCGACGGCUCCUCGGGGCAGCGCGACGCGGGCGGGCGGCCGAGGCCGGCGGGCGCCGCGGCAUGAGGAAGCGGGCAGAGCCCGUGGCCCUGGAGCAUGAGCGCCGCGCUGCCUCGGGCUCGCCCUCCGGCCCGGCCGCCGCGGCGCUGGACGCCGCCUGCCGCCUGGGGCGCCACCUGCGGCUGCCGGGUGCGGGCCCUGCGGAGCCGCGCGGCGCGGACGCGGGCAUGAAGCGGGCGCUGGGCAGGCGAAAGGGCGUGUGGUUCCGGCUGAGGAAGACCCUUCUCUGUGUUUUGGGAUUGUACGUUGCCAUUCCAUUUCUCAUUAAACUAUGUCCUGGGAUACAGGCCAAAUUGAUUUUCUUGAAUUUUGUGCGGGUUCCCUAUUUCAUCGACUUGAAAAAUCCACAGGAUCAGGGUCUGAAUCACACCUGUAAUUACUACCUCCAGCCAGAAGACGACGUGACCAUCGGCGUGUGGCACACUGUCCCCGCCGCCUGGUGGAAGAGCGCCCAGGGCAAGAGCCAGCUGUGGUACGAGGACGCCCUGGCCUCCAGCCACGCCAUCAUCCUCUACCUGCACGGCAACGCGGGGACCAGAGGCGGCGACCACAGGGUGGAACUGUACAAGGUGCUGAGCGCCCUGGGCUUCCACGUGGUCACCUUUGACUACAGAGGCUGGGGUGACUCGGUGGGGACGCCGUCAGAGCCGGCCAUGACCUACGAUGCGCUGCACGUGUUCGACUGGAUCAAGGCCAGAAGUGGCGACAACCCUGUGUACAUCUGGGGCCACUCCUUAGGCACCGGAGUAGCGACGAAUCUGGUGCGGCGCCUGUGUGAGCGAGAGACGCCUCCCGACGCCCUCAUAUUGGAGUCGCCGUUCACCAAUAUCCGCGAGGAAGCCAAGAGCCAUCCGUUCUCAGUGAUCUACCGCUACUUCCCUGGGUUUGACUGGUUCUUCCUUGACCCGAUUACGAGCAGUGGUAUCAAAUUUGCAAACGAUGAAAACGUGAAGCACAUCUCCUGCUCCCUGCUCAUCCUGCACGCGGAGGACGACCCCGUGGUGCCCUUCCAGCUGGGCAGAAAGCUCUACAACAUUGCUGCACCCUCUAGAAGCUUCCGGGACUUCAAGGUUCAGUUCAUUCCUUUUCACUCAGACCUUGGCUACAGGCACAAGUACAUCUACAAGAGCCCCGAGCUCCCUCGGAUACUGAGAGAGUUCCUGGGGAAGUCAGAGUCGGAGCGCCAGCACUGAGACGCGUGAAGGAGCAUGAAGACCUCUGCCCCCGCCCCGAGGCACCCGUGUCUGCUGCCCCCAGGAGAGGGCUCGGCAGCGGGCAGUGGGCUGUGGGGUCCUGGCCAGGGCGAGGGGGCUGGGCGGCGGCUCCCUCUGCUGCCGAUGUUGGGAAGGGCGGCCACCCGGCAGGCCACGCACGGCUUCCUGGCACACCCAGGCCGAGACCUGGCCAUAGAGUGGACUCUGGGGGCUUGGUUGGCCUCCCUCCACCCCUCGCCUGCUUUCCUUCCUCGGCCCCCCUCCCCUGCAAACCCCAUCGAUCCCAGGGGUGCCUCGGCCUGUGCUUUCCCACGCCCACAUCCGCUAACCUGCCUUAGACUGAACAUUUAUUUAAGAAUAAAAUCGUGGUGGUGGU